AUGCAGACUGCUUAUACAAACAUUUGUGAAAGACUGUGCCAUAAGUCCAUCUGUGAAAUUUCCUUUUUACUAAAUAUUCCACAUUCAACUGUUAGUGGUAUUAUAACAAAGUGGAAGCAACUGGGAACAACAGCAACUCAGCCACGAAGUGAUAGUCCACGUAAAAUGACAAAGCGGGGUCAGCGCACGCUGAAGUUUGCAGAAGUUGGCAACUGUCUGCUGUCAAUAAAGACCUCCAAACUUCAUUUGGCCUUCAGAUUAGCACAACAAUACUGCAUAGAAUGCUUCAUGGAAUGGGUUUCCAUGGCUAAGCAGCUGCAUCCA